CCUUUGUCGCACCCACGCGGAAGCUAGAAUCAGACCGGCUCCUUUUUGUAAUGGAGGCGCUAUGCCCCUCAGCUUAUCCAUUCCAGUUUUCUAUCAGUACUGAUAGUAGUAAGGUGAAGGUAUUCAAGAAAACAUCAGGCCGAGCCUCAGAACGGCGUAGGUUCAUGUUAUCAUGUUAUAUCAAAUACAGCGAUGACCUUGUGACCCCUCAGCUAUCUGUUGAACCCGAACUUCCGUGCUUAUUUUGGAUUUGUCGUAAACCCGCAAUUCAGAUAGUUACAUCAUAUCUGAUGCUGAUUAGCUGGCUAUAUAAUAACAUGACACUCCUCUCUUUCGCCUCCAACGUUUAACGCUCAACUUCGUGCAAGAACUUUGCAGACGAGACGAUCAUGACGGGUAUCGAUUUGACCGUAUACAAGGGAUCUCCCAGCGGCAAAAUUGUCAAAGGAAGCACCCACAAGGACCUCAAGCCGGACGAAGUCCUUUUGAGGAUCACGCAUGCGGGCCUCUGUGGCACGGACCUGCACUACAAGGACCAAGAUAUGGGUCUCAGCCAUGAGGGCGUUGGUGUCGUAGAGAAGAUUGGAUCCGAAGUUACCUUCUUUAAGGUCGGUGACCGUGCCGGUUGGGGUUACCUCCACAACGCAUGUCUUCACUGUGAUCAGUGCCUGAGUGGCAACGAGAUAUUCUGUCCCAAGCGUGCUAUGUACGGAGAGGCGGAUUUAGAUCAGGGCGCUUUUGCAACGCACGCUGUAUGGAGGGAAGCGUUUCUUUUCCAUAUCCCGGACGCCAUAAGUUCCGCCGAUGCAGCUCCUCUGAUGUGCGCUGGUGCCACCGUCUUUAAUGCAUUAGCAUUGCACGGUGUGCGCCCCGCUGAUCGCGUCGGUGUGGUCGGUAUCGGGGGGCUCGGGCAUCUUGGUAUCCAGUUCGCAGCCAAGAUGGGCUGUGAUGUGGUGGUGUUUUCGAGCACGAACAGCAAGCGGGAUGAAGCCAUGACGCUUGGAGCGAAGGAAUUUUACGCGACCAAGGGAGCGAAGGAGCUCGACAUUGAACGUCCUGUUAACUACUUGAUGGUAACCACGUCAGCCAGUCCUGACUGGAAUUUGUACCUACCCAUCAUUGCACCUAUGGGAACUAUCGUCCCUCUCACGGUAACUGAGGGAGACUUCUCCAUACCCCACAUGGGUUUGGUUGGUAAAGGACUUCGGGUUCAGGGUAGCAUAUGCCCAUCGCGUGGCUUGCACGUUGAAAUGUUGCGCUUUGCGGCUCUGCACGCUAUUAAACCAGUCAUCCAGAAGUUCCCGCUCACCUUGGAAGGUAUCCAGGAGGCGAUAGACAAGUUGGAGAAAGGCCAAAUCAGGUAUCGUGGGGUCUUGGUUGCCCCUGGCGCGUAAGCAAUGGGGAAAGUCCAAAAUGUUCUG